AUGGUCUACAUAAUGGGAGUCGCGUUGUCGGACGCUUAUCCGGCAAAGAUUGCACUUACAGGCAUCUACGGAAUUGGUCGAACACUCGCCCGUCGAAUCUGCGCUCGCCUUCAAAUACACGAAAACGCACCAUUGACGAGCUUGACUCCGCAACAAACGACGGCAUUGACGGCCUUUUUGUCUGCUCCAGCCAAUGCUCCAUUGCUACCAAAACUCCCGCUGGCCAGCCCACACUUUCGACCCAAUUUUCAUACAAAUCUGGUAGCACCUCCGACCGGUAAAGCAACGAAUACCAACGCAAUUAAAGCCAUACCCCCGAAAUCCGAAACCUCUUUGGCUGCUCGUGCACAGAAUGAGCAACAAAGUGUCGGGCUUGGAGACCGCCUGAGAAACAUCAAGGUUGAGACGGACCUACGAAGAGCCGUAAGGGAAAAUAUCAUGCAUCAUCGACUGGUCAACACCUAUAUCGGACGAAGACAUGCCAUGGGCCUGCCAGUCAGAGGUCAACGGACAAACUCGAAUGCAAAGACGGCUCGACGUCUCAACAAACUGGAGCGACGAGGUUGA